CUUGCGUCAUAGGAGAAUUUCUCUUGCUUUCACGGAGCGUCGGGGAUUCCUCACCUUGGAAUCUCCGCUUACGAGCAACGGUGGUUUAGGGGAAGGAAAAUGGCAGUGAUGGGUGGGUUCAAUCCCUUAGAUUCACUUCUAAUCCCACCUCCAUCUCAUCAAACAUUUUUCGGUCUUACAAAGAAGAAGACUACUCAACCGGAUGAAACAUAGGUCGGACUCGGUAGACGAAUCCCUAAAUGAUGUUCAAAAGAAACGACGACCUUCCCUCCUCCAAAUCACCAUAUUGUCGGCGCCUUAGCCUCCUUCCGCCGUCGCUAGCGCCUUACCUCCGCCACUUCGGUCUUCUGAGCGAAGAGAAGAUCUGAGGCUCAAUUGAAGAAACAACCAUAAAGGGUAGAGCUUUCUGUGUGUUUCAACAGAUAUUAAUAAAAAAGACGCCUUUUGGAAACCUCUUGAGAAAGAUCUAUACUUGAAGGGACUCCAGAUAUAUGGUAGAAACAGUUGUCUCAUAACAAGAAACCUACUUCCUGGACUGAAAACUUGCACCCAAGUAUACAGCUACAUGUGUGAUGGAGCCAACAAUAUGAGAACCGGUGUAGAUCAUAAGCAUAUUGAACCAUAUGCACAUAACAUGAUAGCCAUGGAAAAAGCUCAUGUGGAUCCAAAGACUAAUCUCCAGGAAAGUGUUAUAGAGAGAAUUAAGACUCCAAGAAUGUCAUUUAUACCUUCAGAUGAUGACACAAAAGAUAUCAAGAAUAUAUAUGUAGACACUGCAGGCAUGACUCCUGUUGUUUCUAGGAAAGAUGGAUCAAAUACAAAUAUCCAGAGAAAGCUUUUUACUAAUGAUGUGGCGAUUGAUUCUUCAGAGGAGAAAACACCUAACUCUAAAUCUUCAUCUACCCAUGAGGUAUCUGUUGAUUCCUCCAACAAAAGGUCGACACCUGUUAAAUGUGUUGCAGUUUCAAAUGGAAAGACUCGGAAUCUUGUUGAGAAAUUUGAGAAAAAAAGAAAAGUUGGGUACUGAUGAAUAUCAAAAACCUAAUACAGAUAACAUGUAUGUAAAUGGUGACACUGUUGAACAACCACCUGUCAAUGUGGUCUCAUGUGAAAUACCUGAAACUGCCACAUCACCAAUAAAGACACCUGAUAAUUAUAUGGCGUCUUUGUUAGUAUCAGAAGCUAAAUUGUCACCUGUGACCCUUAAGACUUCCCCUAAAGCUAAGGGCUUAUCAGUUCAGAGAAGACCUAUUGCUUCCUAAAGGGUAAC